UAACGCCCAAGGGAAAGGAGUUCGUUUCCGAGACACGGGAAGCACUCGAAGAUCUUCCGACAAAUAACAAGAAUAUGAGACAAUCUAUAAACACGGAGGAAACCUAAAGAAAUGGAUCCAGGGGAUUUGGAGAACAAUGCAGUGUAAAAUUCUCUGAAAAAAAAUAAGAAGAAAAAGAACUGCGGAACUGAGUCAGCGAGGGACGUGACAGGCACUCUCUCUCUGUCACUUGUCAUAAGUGACGCGUGUCAUUCGUGUUUGUUUAGAGUUUUAUUCCCGUUUAUGAGAAGAAGAACAAGGCUCGGGGGAGGUGGAUGCUGGCGUGACUUGUUAUGAGUGACACUGACAGGGUUACUAGUGAAUGAUGGCGACUGGAUAUAAGGUAACGGUAGAGCCCGUUCUCUUCCUGUACAUGUUGGCCGUGUUCAUGUUAUAUGCAGCACUGCAGGAUCUUAUAUAUACAAAGGUGUGUCUCCAAGACUUUGCAAAGAGAAUAUGCCAUGAUUUAUACAAUCCAGAGAAUCAUGAGGCCCUAGAUGUUGUUCAGACAGGAUCAUCGCACUGGGUUCUAGGGUCAACCCUCAUGUUAGCCCUGCCCUCCAUUGUAACAGCGCAGUUCUUGGGCUCUUGGAGUGAUACCUAUGGCCGUAAAAUACCAAUGCUUUUGCCACCAGUUGGUGCAAUGUUUGCCAGUCUUCUCUACAUAAUCAUGAGUGUUCACCUGUAUCAGACACCUGUCAGCCUUGUCCUUCUGGCUUCCUUCCUGACAGGGUUAUGUGGAGGGUUCACGUCUUGCAUUCUGACUUGCAUGAGCUAUGUGGCACAGGUCAGCAGUUUUCGCACCAGAACCGUCCGUGUUGGGAUCCUGGAGAGCAUGAUCUUUAUGGGAGGAACCAUUGGGCCUCUGCUGGGUGGUUGGGUGCAGGAGGCUGGAGGAAGACCUGCAACAUUCACUGUCAUUAUGGCAUGUCAUGCAGCCAUUGUCAUUUACAUCAUAUUAUGUGUUCGGAAUAUUCCACCCAGGCAUCCUCCACAGGGAUACUGGGUACGUGACGGUUGUGGCUGCCAACACCUGCGUGAGUCAGCAAGUACUGUGAUUCGGGAGAGACAGGAGAAUCGUCGAUCAUAUAUUGUACUGCUGUUGGCAUCAAUAACAGUGGUCAUGAUUUGCUCUGCUGGUGAAUUGGACAUAUCAUAUCUUUUUGUGAAGGACAAACCAAUAGAAUGGGGCUUUGAGAAAUAUACAUGGUAUUUCUCACUGAAAUAUGGGCUAGGAGCUGUGGCACUACUUGGCAUUCUUCCCUUUUGCUCAAAAGUGCCAGACACAAUAUUGGCACUUAUAGGCCUUGUGAGUAAAGCUUGUGGCUUGGUGGUGCUCGCCAUUGCUUGGGAGGACACGGCUGUGUUUGUAGGAGCGGCAGUGUCCAUGCUGAACACCUGGGCCAUGCCAACACUCAGAGCUGCAAUGUCCAAGUUGGUCGAACCAAAUGAGCAAGGCAAAUUGUUUGCAUGCGUAGCUCUGCUUGAGAAUGCUUGUACACUAGUUGCUUCUGGAGUGUUCAACAGCAUCUACCCAGCAACAAGGCAUAUCUUCCGUGGGUUUACCUUCCUGAUGGCUGCAACGUUUCUUAUUCUGCCCAUUGUCAUAAUCAGUGUUCUACACAAGGCUCUGCGACAGUUCAGUAAGUAUGAUUCAGUGGAGCUAGCAGAGGAAGCAAGGGAAGAAUUUGAGGAUGCAGAUAGUGACAGGAAUGUAUCUCCUACGGCCCAAGGAGAGGACAUUUCUCCUGGCCAGGAGGAUGUUUCUGGUGUAAGGCUUGAUGAAAGCACUCAGGAGCAGAAUUCUGGAACAAACAACAGUGAAAUAGUCACAGUAGCUGCAGGUAGUGAAAGUUGUUGAACUAAAGCAUGCAGAAUGAAGUGAUGGGAGAUGGUAAAGGUGUGAAUAAGAAUCUUUUGCUUGGUAAGAUUAAGGGUUUAAUCUGUUGGUCAGCCAUCGGUUCUGACCUUUUAAUUAUGGAUGAUGUAAUUAUUAUUUUAGAAUUCUGCAUACAGAUUGCAAAGAACAAAAAAUAUGCCAGACAUGGUUUUGCAAGGAGGAAUUUUUACUUGCAUAUUGCAAUGGAAAUUUUCUUCAUUAUUUACCUUAUAGUAUGAAUGUAAUAUAAUCUAUUUGUUUAUAUAUAUAGAAAUAUAUAUGUAUGAAUUUGCAAGUAUGUGAUGCCUUAAUAAGAACAAAGUUUUAAUUAUUUUUUAAGAGGAAAUGUUAUUUCCUCAUAUUUUUGACUCAGAUGAAAGAGAAUAACGAGAUUUUGAUACAAUAACUUUAUGUAGAAUGGAUAUUGAAUGACAACAUAUUUCAAAGCAAUACAGGAGGCCUUUAUCAAUGUUUGUGUGCGUGAUUGUCAUUGGUCAUGAAUGACUAGGAUAUUGGGAGUAGUGGAUGUGCCUGCAUGAGUUGCUGCCCAACUGUGCAGAAUCUACAGUUUCCCCAAUUUUAAGCUACAAGACAUAGAUCUAGAGUUCUAGCAUACCUUUUUUCCUCAAUAUCUCAAUAUUCAUUUAUUUUUUUCCUUUUUUUUUUAAUGAGGAGAAGGCUGAAAUGACUGUUCUUUUACCUUUUCUAUUCCAUGGGUGUUACAGACUGUGAGGAUGUGACUUGCCACUAGGCCAGUCCAUGGACGUCCUUUUAAUGUGUUCAGCAUUGAUGUUAUUUUAAACUGUGGCUUUUUCAAGGAUGCUGCAAAUUUUCCAUUAAAGAAUUCCUUGGAAGAGUCAAUUGUAAGGUGUGAGAAUUAUUUUGAAGCAUAGCUUUAACUCUGUAACUCCAUGCGUCUUUGUAAAAUGAGAUUUAAUACUCUGCUAUUAAAAGUCCAUUAGAGAGAUUACUGAUACUGUACUCUGUACAGAGAUAGAUAUUUCUAGAGAUAGACUUAGUUAAAGUUUUUGGCUUUUGAAGCUUAUCAUGAGCAGGUUUAUAGUCUGUUUCAUAGACUCCAGCAAAAAACAUGGUUGUGGAACAAAAACUCUUGAAAGGAUGUUGAAGGUUUGGUACCAAAGAUUAUUAUCAUUUUCAAGUUUGGUUACAGUGCACUAUUUUUCAAAUUGAGUUACGUGCUAUAGUCAGUGGCAUUGACUAUAGUUCUCUCUCUCUCUCUCUCACACACACACACACACACACACACACACACACACACACACACACACACACACACACACACACACACACACACACGCGCGCGCGCGCGCGCGCGCGCACGCACACGCACAUGCACACACACACGCGCACACGCGCACACGCGCACGCACGCACGCACACGCACACACGCGCACACAUGCACACACAGGCACACAUGCACACACACGCACACACACGCACACAUGCACACACGCACACACGCACACACGCACACACACACACACAAAUAUAUACAAGGUCUGUAAAUGCGUCCAAAUUGAAGGGAUACAGUGUCUUUGCAGAGUUCUUUAUUCCCAGUUGAUCUGUUGCAAUGCUGCAGUUCAGAAUGUUGAGUUUAUGUAUAUUUUGACGAUUAUCAUGAAGUUCAUGUUGAAAAUACUGGAAGGCAUAUGAGGAGCCAAAAUGUGGCAUGAGUUGUUUAUGUGUUGAGAAUUCAGGAACAUUUAUGUUAUCUCUAGUGUCUCACAGUUAGAGUUGUGUAGUUGCAUGAUCUCUGUUGUAUUUGCUUUAUGGGGGAAACGCUGGAGAUAUCUGUGGUCUAAGGUGAUCAGUCUUUCUCUUGGAGGAGAAAGUAUGUAGCAUAUCAGUUUAGUAGAGACCACUGUCACAGGAACAUGACUUUGUUUUUAGCUUUAUUGUACAAUGUGCAUUAGAAGACUGACUCUCUUGAUGGUUUCUGCAGUUCAAGAAAGGCAAAUACAUGACAGAGGAAAGAAUUACUCAAUUUAGGAGUGGUUAAAUCUGUGAUAAGGUUCUUUGAAGCUUGGUGUUAAGCAAGUUUUUUUUUUUUAAUUUAACCCACUGGCACCAGUUACAUGCACUGUCCAUUGCAGUUUUGUUUUGUCAGUUUUGAUUGCACACACAUUCAGGGAGUCUAUUACUAAGCCUACCUGACUUUUUUUGAAAAAAGGUUUCUUAUACUGUUAUUAUCAUUAUUGAGUUUUUUUUUACUAACAUUAUUAUUGUUAUAAGAUUAUUAACAGUAAUGUUAAUAAUAAAGAUAAAAGUGAGAUCUGGUAAGACUAGUUAUUGACUCCAAAUGUGUUAAAAAAAGAAAGGAAAGAAAGAAAAAUAUGGACUAAAAUUACAGUGGACAGGGAAUGUGCAUAUGCACUCAUGGCAUCAACAGGUUAAAUAAGAUUUAUUCUUUCUAGUAGUUAAGGAAAAUCUAUGCAUGAUCACUGUAGAUUAUACAGAAUUUGGAGGUUGAAUUUUCAUAGAUUAUAAGUUUUCUCUUUGCAUUUUAGUAAGAAAAAUACUCAAAAGUACUCACUUGUGGUUUUUGAUAUGUGAAACAUGCUAUGCAAUCAGCAUUCCAGUUUUCAGAAUUGGGCAUUAAUUAAUGUUUAAUGAUUAGAUAUAUAAGAGUUUUCUUUUCUUCCAUUGGACAAACCAGUAAUAUUAAGCCAAUGCUGCUGGGAACAUGUAAUUGUUCUGUAGUCUUGUUUUGUGAAACAUGUUUAUGCCUAGAUUGCUCAACAAAGUGCUCAGUCAGCAAGGAGUCAGUUAGGAGACCUUUUGACCUCUCCUGAUUUCCUUGGAGGUUUUGGGGUUUUCUUUUCAAAUUCUGUUCAUACUGAUAUAGUUAUUGUUGCUAUUAACAAUGCAAUACGAAAAUAAAAUUAGUAUUUUGGGAAAUCUAGGAUAAGAUAGGUGUCACUACUAACUAACUUCUUGGUGACAAAGUGCUUUGAGGGCAAUCUGUAUGUAAAUACAUUUCUUAAACUAAACUCACAGUGGGGAUGGUAUGCACUUACAUGCCAUUCCUGGCAGCACUGGGAUAAUUAUACAGACUCUGGAAAACUAGAACAUCUUGUAAACUGACUACAGUAAGUGAAAUAGUAGACUAAUAUCUUGGAAGAAUUGGGAUGGGAAUAAUUUUUCUUUUCUGGUUUAUUGAAGUUGGUGUCUGUUUUAAAUUUGCAGAUAUUAAUCAGUAGCCCUGAAUGAGGUUUCUUAUUUAUUAUUCUAUAGUAAUAUUAGGAAUUAUAUAUGAAAGUACAUGUGAAUCAUCUUUGGUAUCAAAUUCCAUAGAAAAUAUAUUUUUUCAAUAUGUUAAUUCUAUUAAGCAUGAACUUUAUGUGCCCCAAGACGUUCCAAAAUCAGAGGUUAAAGGAUUAGAAACAAAAAAAAAUAUUUUUUCACUAAUCUUUAGCAUUGUGACUUUAUUACUUGACCUACAACCCAAACAAGCUUCAUCAAAUUAGUCAGAGAAUAUAGUAUAUCAGAUAUAUGAGGAUCUUGAGUGAAGUUCAUAAAUAUUCUAUUGUUUUUUGUCUACCCUGGUAAAGUGAUAUUUGGAAUGCUAACAGCCCAACUUUUAGUAUGUAGGUAAUGCAUUUGAUAAAGAAGCCACAAUAAAAAAAAUACUGUUAAAAUCCAGUCCAGGCUUCUCUAUAGAGAAUGCAAAUUUGAUAUUUUGCAUUGUGUCCUGAGGAUCCUUAAUUGGAUUUAAAGUGUCACAUUAUACUUUCCUUAUUUUACUGAUGCUGUUUUUCUGUACCCAUGCUACUUUGUCUUUUGUUCACCUGGGUAACAUUUUUUGACUGUAUAUCUUAAAAAGGUAUUUAGAUAGAGAAAUAAGUGAUAUAUGAAUAUAUAUUUUAAAAGAGUAUGUAUAAGUUGAAAAAUUAAAAAAAAAUGAUGAAAGCAAAUGAAAUGUUCAUAGUGUUAACAUGUAUUUGCAUUCAGCCAAGAUCCAAGUAGCCGUCACAAAUGUAUGAAAGGCAUUGCGUCAUUUUAUUUACUUCCUGUUGCUUGAUUUAUUGUUCUGUUAAUGAGGUAGAUGCUAUAUUUUGUAAUGUAUGUGGAAUAUCUUACACAGAGUUAGAGUGCACACAUUUUAUAUUUUACUAUUCCAUGAGUAUAAGAAACAAGUUAUAGCAGGCUUUACUUGACCCUGAGUUAUAAACACCCAUUCAAGUGGAGGCACAUAGCAAAGCAAAUUCGGUGACCAGAAAAUAUCACAAUAUAUGUACUAGAUUGCAAAAUAAAGAUAUCUGUAAAUAAUUCUGUAUUAUGACAGAAUAAUCCUGCAGAGACUCUAUUUGAAGUAAUAGGACUGAACUAUAAUUUACGUAUUCAGAUCACUUUCCAUAUAAUCAAAGCUAUUUUAACCUUGACAUGCAUGUGAUGUGAAUCUCACAUUGCUCAUUUAGGGUGUGCUGUGGUGUUUAUGUAUCUCUGCUCCAACAGUUAUGCUUUCCUCCAACUUGUGUCAUAGUUUUGAUGUGAACAGAAAACCCAUUACUCUGUUAAGUUGAGUUGGUGAUUAUAGCAAUUUUUGGAAAGUGAACAUCUACAUGCAAAUUAUUGCUCAACAGUCAGGUUGGAAAAUGGGUCCCAGCAGUUGUUUGGCAAAGAACACACAAAGUUAUUUAAAGAUUUUCUUGCACUUCAUAUUUAUGUAGCUAAUGAAAAUAUUGUAAAAAUAUCUCUAAGUGACUGCAUUGAAGACAACUGUACUCAUAAUAGUUUAAGCUUUUAUACAUCUUUUAUAGAUACAAGUCAUUCUACCUUAAGUAUAAUAUUUUGUUUGAAAUGGGAAGGGGUACAUAUGUAUUUAUACACAUCAGUAACAUAAUUAUUAUUAAUGAAGUUUAUUUCCAUUAAUAUUGAGUGAAGCAGGCAAUAGCUAAAGCCAUUUUUGAGUAGAUGCCCACCAUUUGCAUCUCAUUAAACACAUUUUAACACUUCAUAUACAUUGUGGGCCGUUGACCCUGUCGAGACACCAAUUUGUACACCUGUAUCUAAUACCAUGUCAUCAUUUGCUUUUACGUGACGUUUCCACCUCCGAUGCUGGUUUUGCAGUAAUCUUCCCAACUUGUACUUUCAAAUACUCCCUCCCUCCUGAAUCCAGUGUCCUUACUACAGAACUGUAUGCACUCCUUUUUGCCCUAAAACACAUAUACUCACUCUCCUCUUCCUCUUUUACAAUUUUUACUGACUCCCAUAACUCAUUAACUCUCAUAAAGUCAAUACACACCACCAACCCCCUUGUUUGUAAAAUCCAGAACUGGUUGUUCUACCUGUCCACACGCCAUAAAAUAAUCAAAUUUUGCUGGGUGCCCAGCCAUGUUGGAAUCCCCGGCAAUGAACAGGCAGAUGCACUAGCACGCCAUGCCUCUAUGUCCACAUCAUACCAACCACGCUUCUCACAUAUCCCAGCCACGGAUUAUUACCCACACUUUAAGACCUUCUUGUAUAACUGAUGGCAUUCUUUUUGGUCAAGCCUCCGCACUAAUAAAUUACAUUCUGUAAAACUAUCAAUCUCCACCUGGGUAGCUCCAUUUCAUUGGAACAGACGUUGGGAGACCACUCUCGCCCGCUUAUGCAUUGGCCGCACCCGUCUAACACACUCCUAUCUGAUGUCACAAUCUAAUCCACCCCUAUGUUCCUUAUGUAAUGUUCCCCUUUCAAUCCCACACAUCCUAUUGUCGUGCCCACGUUUUGAAGCAGCCCGUACCUCUGCUUUCCCCCACUUAUCCUCUUUUCACCGACCUCCCAACCUAUCAGACAUCCUUACAGAAUCCCACACUUUCUGCAUCAACCACCUGUUCUCUUUCCUCAAAUGCAUACAUAUCCUUCAUCUCGUCUAACUCCUUACCACACCCGACCUUAACCCUCUCACUCACCAAUUCCUUUGCCCAGCUUAGACAACUAAUCACUAACUCAACCACCCUUCACUAACAUUAACUAUAGUGCUACAUGACCUUAGAUGUCUAGCACAUUUAUCUUGCUUUUUAACCAUUAACCAUUUUACAUGACGUUUCGGAUCAUUUGAUUUUUAUUAUGUCUACUUUCUUUUCCGACCUGCCAUUAUAUCCUGCCCUCAUCAAAGAGCAAAAUUAAUAUGCAUAUACCUAAAGAAUAUACAUAUACCUUCACUAGUAGUAAAAUAAAGUGUGUGCAUACAUACAGAUAUAUACAUGGAUACAUUCUAAGGAAGGAAAGCAUACAAAUACAUUGAUAUUACACAAGCAAAUGUACUCCCAUUUGCAUGCACACACAUGCACACACACACACACGCACAUGUACUCAUAUACAUAUGCACAUGCACAUGCACAUGCACAUGCACAUGCACAUGCACAUGCACAUGCACAUGCACAUGCACAUGCACACGCACAUGCACACGCACACGCACACGCACAUGCACAUGCACAUGCACAUGCACACACACACACACACAUGCACACGCACACAAAAAUAUGCACAAAUCAAUUCAGUUUUUAAUAAGAUGGCAGUUUAGAAAUAGAGAAACAAAUGAAAAUGGAAAAUGAAAAGUAUUUAGCGGGAAUCCUGCUAUGAAUCGUAGUCAUGCCGAUGAUGAAAUGGUGAGAAAACUGCAUAAUUUGUUUGUCACUGUGAGCAGUAUUGUCUUUAUUUCUUUAUAUCCAAAGUUUAUAUAUUGUAUUUUUUAUUUUCAAUGGUUUGAUAUUGAAUUUGUAUGUUUACUCAUUAGUGAUGAGACAAGAUCUACUCAACGUUUUCGUGUGUGAAAUUGCAGACCAAUAAGGCAUUUUUUAAUAAUCCUAGAGUGUUCCAAUGUAGUGACCUUUGAUUUUAUACUAGAAUUCGGUAUACCGUGAGAGGAAGCAUGAUCCAUGUGCUGGAAACACAAGUUAUAACGGCUGCCGUUUUUUAUUCUACUGAGACGUUUAUUUACCUCACUUGUUGCAUCUGAUUUAAUCAUAUAAUCAGAUACACAUUAAUUGAAGACAAAAUUAUCACCACUGUUAAACCUUGCAUUACAAUAAAUAUGUUUAUUCGG